AUGUUCAAGCCUCUAUCGUCUGCCUAUUCAAAACAGCUCACAAAAUACCUCCACAACGCCCAAGGACUGUUACCAGUUAAGAAAGGAGACUUCUUCCCACUAUUUUGGGAAGCCUGGACCUGCUCCUUUCAAGAAAAAACAAUCCUGAGGUCUUUCCAAGCAACUGGAAUAAUAACUCUUAGCCUAGAGAUUAUACUUAAACGGUUCAAGAAAUCAACACUAGAGCAAGAAGAGAGAGAGAACUCUAGCUCAGUCCUUAGUGGAGAGGAUUGGCUCAAAUUGCAUAGCCUAAUACGAUCAGAAAGUAGUAGAGAGGCUCAAAAGCUGAGCCGCUCACUCCACCAUAUAUUAAUCCAAAAUGAGCUACUCCACAUAGAAGUAGAAGGCUUAUCAAAGGCUCUACUUUCUAAGAAGAAACACGAGAAGAAAAGCAAGCCCCUAGACCUACAGCAACGCCAGGAGUACCGUGGGGGCGCUGUAUUCUGGUCCCCAUCUAAAGUGAGGGAGGCCCAGUUCCGCCAAAGGAUUAAAGACCAAGAAGCUGAGAAGCAACAACUUGAAAAAGCUCGUAAGAAGGCAGAAAAGGCCUCAAAAAAGGUACAUCAACUUCAAGAGAAAGAAGAAAGAGCAAGGAAGGCUUUAGAGCCUGCUACAAAGCCUAUACAGAAAAAACAGAGGCGUGAGGUGGUUGCAGAGGGUAGGGGAGGUGAUCAGGGCCGUGAUCCUUCAUCUGUGAGAACUACGAGGGUUGGCAGGAACAUCAAACUCCCACAGAAAUUCAAGUAG